CUCAAAUCCAGUAAAUCCCUAACUAAAUGAUAAAGCUCUGGUCCAACUGAAAUUUUCUCUGAAAGACACUAGGUGGCACUCAGAGGCCAGAGAGACGGUACUACUUGGUGCACAUGUGAAGUGCUUAAAGAUGUUUUGCCUGCCUUUGUGACGCUCGGGCGUGCCGCAGAGCAAACCGACCUGAGAUAAGGAGCCAGGGAGAGAUGCGGUCGUGUUUCAGACGGAGCUGUUCACCGCUGAGACUUGUUGGGGGAUGAAAAGUCAAACUGCGCUCAGAGCAGACAGGAGCGGCGCAGUGCAGGGAGGACGGAGCAGAUACCGGCCGGUCUGCACACAGGCAGGCAGACGGAGACAGAGCUGCCGCUGCAGGGAGGACGAGUCUUCACCUCUCGGCCACACCGAGGCUUUUGCUGAAACGUUUGGGCAGCUGCUGGGCCAGUGAAGGCAUCAUGGUUGUGUGUGCGCGGAGCUGGUUCGCCAACGAGGGAGGAAAGCACUUGGUCCUGGUGCUGUGGCUGGGAGCUAACACCUGGCUGUUCCUGAAGACCUUCCUGCUGUACUCCACUGGACAGCAGUAUCACUACCUCUACAAGAUGCUCGGGCUGGGGCUGUGCAUCAGCAGGGCGUCUGCAUCUGUGUUGAACUUGAACUGCAGCUUGGUCCUGUUGCCCAUGUGUCGCUCCCUGCUCACCUUUGUCCGAGGAACACAUAUGGUAUCGAGCAGAAAGACUCGCAGACUGCUGGACAAGAGCAAGACCUUUCAUGUGGCCUGUGGAGUUGCCAUCUGCAUCUUCUCUGUUGUACACGUGUCUGCCCACCUGGUGAAUGUCAUCAGUUUCAGUGUCAGCUACUCAGACGACUUUCCUGCUCUCAACUUGGCUCGCUACAGAGGAGAGGACCCCAAACUGAUCAUUUUGACCACAAUCCCAGGAGUCACCGGCGUCCUGUUGGUUCUCAUCCUCUUUCUGAUGUUCACUUCCUCCUCCUACUGCGUGCGGUCAUCCAACUAUGAGAUCUUCUGGUACACACACAACCUCUUCAUCAUCUUCUACGUGAUCCUUAUGGUGCACAUGGUCGGGGGAGCUCUGAAGUAUCAGACCAACAUAGAGGCCCACCCUCCUGGCUGCAUCAGAGCAAAUCAGAGUAGCACAGAGCGGCAAUUUGAGGAGCUGGAGCAGGGUGAGGAUGAUGAAAGGAGAUGCAGCGAGGAGGCUCAAUUCCAGCCACACUACCCCCAGACAUGGCUUUGGGUGUCCGGUCCUCUCUGUCUUUACUGUGCUGAGCGUUUCUACCGCUACAUCCGGAGCAGUGACCCUGUUACUAUAGUGACAGUCAUCAGGCACCCCUGUGAAGUCAUCGAGUUGCGCAUGCUGAAGAAGCACUUCAAAGCUCGUCCUGGACAAUAUGUUGUUCUGAACUGUCCAGGUGUCUCUUCAUUUGAGAACCAUCCCUUCACACUAACAACAUGUCCCACAGAGAACAAGGAAACUUUUGGCAUCCAUCUCAGAGUUUUGGGAGACUGGACUGAGCGGUUCACACAGCUGUUACUUCCUGAACCAAGGAUAGACUUGGAGAUCCUUCCCAUGGUGCAUCAGAGGAGAUACCCCAAGCUUUACGUGGAUGGUCCCUUUGGAAGUCCAUCAGAGGAAGUGUUUAACUAUGACGUUAGUCUUUGUGUUGCGGGUGGAAUCGGAGUCACACCGUUCGCCUGUGUCCUGCAUGCUCUGCUUGACGGCUGGACGGGUUUCAGGUUGCAGAGGUUGUAUUUUGUGUGGGUCUGCAGGGAGCUCCAGUCCUUCUACUGGUUUGCUGAGCUGCUGUGUGCUGUGUAUCACAAGCUUUGGCAGGAAAACAGACCCGACUACUUUAAUCUGAAACUGUACGUCAGUCAGACAGACAACCUGCAGAGCAUGUCUGAGGAGAAGUACCGCCCACUCGCCUCGAGGCUGCUGGUUGGUCGACCCAGGUGGAAGUUAUUGUUUGAUGAGAUUGGGAAGACCAAUAGGCAUAAGCAAGUUGGGGUUUUCUGCUGUGGACCAAAGGGCAUCUCCAGAACUCUCCACAGACUGUGUAACUCAGCCCGAUCCUCUGGAACAACCUUUGAAUUCAACAAAGAGUCCUUCAGCUGAUCGAACAUUAGAGCUGGCUCUACAGUUCGGCAUCAGAGGAAAAAAACAGCAACUUUGAGAUGGAUGGAUUUUCAUACAUUUGUGGCAAACGUUCCUUAUUUGAAGUACUUCUCUGAUAAUUGUAGGCUACUCUUGGCUACUUGUAUUUCUAUACACUUAUAUCUAUAAGCAAACAACUGACACUGACAUGGAAAUUCUUGACUCUUCACUGACUAUAUUAUUAUUUCUUAUGCAUCCUGCCCAUGAUUAAAAAGGCCCAGCAGGACCAGA